AUGCGACCUUCGAAGAGUACACCAGAAGGUUUAGAACAUCAGAGCAACAAUGGCCGGUUACCUCCAACAGUCUCAAGGAGGAAACAAGCAACAAAUCAAACUCUGCAACAAGAACCUCCUCCGCUUCCCUUGCCUUCCUUUACUAGAGUAGAAGAUGAGGAAGAAAAUAAUAGUAUAAUUAAUAAUUCGAUAAUUAGGAAUAAUCAUCAUCAACAACAAUUAUUAGCAUCUUCAUCAUCGGAUCAACAACAAGGUGUAGUUCAUGUGGAUCGAUCUUCGUUGAAUGUUGUGGUUAAUAGAACAGGAUUAAACAGCAAUAAUAACAACAACAAAUCCACAACAAUUAAUCAAGUGAAUAAUAAUAAUAAUAUAAUAAUAACAAAUCGAGAACAUACUCAUCUCGAAUUAUCAUCAACGGUAACACCUCAUGUAAUUCCUCCUGUACUUUUAAAAUCAUCAACGAGUGGUCAACCAAAACCAAGGAGUGUUACAUUUGCUGAUCCAUGUCCACCUGUAGUAACCAACAGCAAUCAUCAUGAAGGAAUAGCCAUUUCACCAAGUGAUGAUACAAUUACUUCACCAACCUCUCCAACACAAGAACCAUCUACAACUUCAACCUCUCCGAAACCAAAACCAAGAUCCAGCAGUCAUAUUGUUGCCAAUAUGAUUAAGAAUUUCAAUAAUGGAACGGUUUCAUCAUCUCCACCACCUGUUAGAAAACUGUCUGUUGGUGGGAGACCUUUAAAACCUCUUCCUUCUGUUUCAUUGUCAUCAAGUCCUUCCUCAUUAUCAACUCCUCUGAAUAAUUUAUCAACACCAAGUCCAACAAGCGAAAAAUCAUCACCUUCCAUAGUUAAUACCACUUCCAACCAUAACAACACUUCUAUUUAUUCAACUGUAUUUCAACAACCAUCUCCGACAAGUUUAGAAAAUGUAAAUAAUACUCAAUCGGAAGAGGAAAAAACAAAUCCUAGUAGUGAAUCAAUACUGACCAAGUUCAACUUACCUCCUCUUCCAAUAGGAAUUCAACCUUCUUCAAUAGGAAAAUUAGCCGAUCCUUCAAGUAGCAGUAUCACUAAUUCUCCAACCAGCUCUCCAUCCCUUGGUGGUCCUAAGAGACCUCUUCCAUCCACUCCAACACAACCAUCAUCUGAGGGAAAUAACAGUGCAAGGAAAGUGGAAGGAGAAUCACUCACACCACCGCAAAAAUCAUCAUCAUCAAGAGGUUUUCAUCACAGAAAGCAAACAAUUAAUUCAACUUCUUCACCUAUUGUUUCGGAAUUGGAGGAAACUACCAAAUUGGAACUGUCUGGUGUGAAAUUGGACUCUGAAUCUGCUGCUUCACAAGACACAAAGGUUGACCAAGAAGCUGCUGAUCUGGAAAGAUUUUUAAGAACGUACAUUUUUGAUAUUCUGAAGGAUACCAAGUUUACAAACUUGACGCAAGUUGUAAAGUGGAUGAAGUUAGAAUUAUUCUUUGAAGCUUUGAUUAGUUGGUGUGUUAUUAAUAUGAAUUCAAAAAGGAACAUUCAAAAGUUAAAUAGAUUCCUCAUACAGGAGGAACUAAUUAAGAAGAGAACAGAAAUUUAUAGUUUUUUGGAAAAGAAAUCAAAUUGUCAAUUUUUGGUUAAAAAUUUAAAACGCAGUCUUGAUAUGAUUGUUGACAAUUUGAAAAAUGGAACAAGUCAUUCUUCAACACUAAUGAAGAAGGACAUGACGCAAGUAAUUUAUUCUUUAAUGAAAAUUGAUGAAAUUACUAAGGAAAUACCAGUCAGUGCUGUUACAAGUAUUUCUAUAACUGCUUCAACACCGACCACUUUACAACCGGUCAAUCCAGUACCUGAGAACAAUGUUUCAACCUAUGAUGGACUGGAUGCUAUCAACUCAUUAAUUGAGCAAUCUAUUGCUCUCUCAACAUCAUCAAUCAUUAUGAAUGCAAAUGCUAGGAUACAAAAAGCUAUGGAGGAAGACGAACAAAAUGAAACCUCCAAGAGAGCUCAAAUCAAUGGUAAAAUCAACAAUCUUAUUACCACUUUCGAGAAGAAGAAAGACCUUAUAGAACAGAAAAUUAUUGAUAAAAGUGAAAGGGCAGUAAAUUCUAUUAGUGAAACCCUCAAAACUACAGUAGAAGCUGGACAAGGAACCAUCAAGAAUUUCAUAGAAACAACAACUAUCAAAGUUUUGGAACCAAAAUUAGAAAAAACGCCUGAGAAACCUAAAAUCAAUCCAAUCAUUAGAAAAGAAAAGGUCUUGUCUGGCUAUUUUUCACAACCUCACAACCAAACUGUGCAACCUCCAACUCCACCAAGAAGGAGAAGAGAUCAUGUGGUUGUUGCCGAGUUUGCCAAGUAUAAUUUCCUGUUAGAAUUCGCUGAUAAUCAUAUUUCGCUGCCUCUCAUUUCACAACCUCUUGUUCCUGAAGAGAUUAUUGAACAACCAUUACCUACUCCUUCUUCAACAGAGAAUGGAGAGCCAGAAAGUAUGGCUGUUAAUCAAAGAGUUGUUAGCAAAAUUAAUGCUAUCGAUAUUCUUUCAAAGAGAUUGCGCAACACUCUUCUCUAUUCAACUGUCUGCACAACAGCUCUUUCCAGUAUAGGAGAAAAAUCAUUGGAUUUAGGAACAAGGAAUGAUUUGACACAAUCUAUCAACUCAUUCUGUGAUGAUAUUUUACAAUCUAUUACAAGAAGUAUAUCAACCUCUCAACAGAAAGAAAUUUUGAGCAAGCAUCUCAAGUUAAUGGAUCCAAAAUUCCAAAAGAAGUUUAAGAUUUUAAGAACAUUUGUUGCAUUGCUUUCAAGAAGUAAAACCUUUAGUUCUAAUCAACCUUCUAGACCUUCCCUCAGUUUUAGAAAGAAAAAGUCAGAGGGUAUUACAUUUAAUGGUCAAGAAGCUAUUUCAAUUCUCUCCAAUGUUCUUGUAAAGAAGGUUGUAAGCAAGCGGAGAAGAAAAACACUUAUCGAAAAUGAUGGAGACUUGUCAGCAAGAAGAAAUAGAUCGACUUCUGUUCCAAAUGUAAAUGUUAGUGAUAUUGAUCCUGAGAAUGUGAAAAAUCAAGCCAUUAUAUUCUUGGAAGAAUUUCUGGAUGAUGAAAUCAUUGAACAAACAAAUCCAAGAGUGAAAUCUAAAGUGUUUGCUCAAAUGCUGGAUGAUCCACUCUACACGUACAGAUUUUCAGAAGAUCACAUGUUAUAUAAUUUGGUAAAUCAAGAGAGAGAAAUGGAGGACCAAUUGGAUGAGACUGAGGAUGAAUUGAGAACUGUUAUUGGUUUAUUUAAUACUCCAUUCACUCCAUUGGUUGUAAAUACUGAUAACUAUUCAUCCAUUACUGACACUCAAACCUAUGUUCUAUUCAAGUAUCGUAAAGUUCUGUGUAGAGAGCCAAAAUUAUUCCUAUUUAUGAUUAGAUCUAUCAACUGGAAAGGAGAUUACAAGACAGGAGAAGAACUUUUAGAUUUACUCAUUAAGGAAAUGAAAGAGAGUCAAAAACAUCCAUUUUCACCAAUGCACAAGUUGACAACACUCCAUAUCAUGUUUCUCAUUCAUGAAACGGUUAUAGCCUCCAAAAUUGAUCUUGAAUCUGUUCAAAUAUUCAGUGUUCAAGUGUUAAGGCAAAGAAAAAUCACAGAAAUUGAAACCCUACUUCCACAAAUAUUCUACAUUAUGGGAGCUACAAAAUAUUACUCUCACUUGAUGGAAUUUUUAUUGGAAGCUUGUGAUAAGUCUGAAUACAUAUUCAACAAGUUAAAUUGGAUGCUCACCAGUAUGCUCAACUCAAACACAGUUAGAGGACUCGAAAGAAAUACAGAUAAAAAAGCAAACACUGCCUACAAGCAACUUCAUUUCAAGAUGAUUAAAAAUUGUGCCCAAUCAGAACUUGGUAAAUAUAAUUUGGAUCAAUUCAUUAGACAACAAAAGAUGGUAGACAAUAUGUUAGUCAUUAGUGAAUAUAUCAAAUUUAGAUUAGGAAAGGAAUUAUCAACUCCUAGACCACAAAAGAUUGUACAAUUGAAGAGUUUGAUGGCUGCUCAAAAGUUGCCAUAUCUUCUAAAUUUGAAACAGAUAUCUAUGGCUAAUCUGGAUAAUAUUUGUAAUGAUGAUUUGACAAUUAAUCCUGAAAUUGGACAACUCUCUCCUAGAACACAAACAGAAAUUAAAGAAGUUGCCAAAUUAAUUAAGGAAGAUUCCAAGCUCAAGUUUAUAGAUUUCAUUGUUGAUAAGGAGAAGGAUUUCCAUGAGUGGAAUAGCGAAGUAUUCCCAGUAGAAACAAUUCCUUGUCUCAGCAUUGAAGAUAAGUUCCCUGAAAUUAAGGAGACUCUUGAAAUUUCUGGAUUUGCUCCUUCUGAUGGUUAUAUUUUCAAGUCAGCUCAAGAACCUGUGUGCUUCCCUCUCUCUAUUAGAACUCUAUCUAAUGAAAAUGCUGCAGAGUACAAGAUUAUUUUCAAGCAAGGAGACGAUCUUCGUCAGGAUGAGUACAUCCUUCAACUUUUCACGUUGAUGAAUAGAAUUUUAAAGCAAAAUGGAAUUAAUUUAGAGAUUGUCACUUAUCACUGUGUUAGUACUAGUCAAAGUCCUCUCAAUUCAGGAUUUGUUGAAAUGGUUAGUCAAUCGAAUGCUGUCUCUGCCAUCCUUGCCAAGUACAAGACAAUUUUUAACUUUUUAAGAGAAACUUCCAAAAAGGAAAAACCAGCAGACAAGAAGGAUGAAAUUAUUGAAAAUCCAGAUGAAGACUCGAGUGGAUCAACAACUGGUCCAGCCUCUGAAUAUGAGCCUGUUUCUGGUGAAAUUAUAGAUGUUUUAGUAUUUGAGGAGAAAAUACACAAGUAUAUUAGAAGUCUUGCUGGUUACUCUGUACUAACAUACGUAUUGGCUAUUGGUGAUAGACACUUGGACAAUUUGUUAUUGAAGGAAAGUGGAGAGUUGUUCCACAUUGAUUUUGGAUUUGUAUUGGGCGAAGAUCCAAAGGCAUAUCUUGGAACUCCACCAAUGAGAAUUUCUAGAGAAAUGGUAGCAGAUUUCUCUGAGGAACAUUUGAGCGCUUUCAGAAUGUAUUGCUGCCAAACUUUCAAGGUUUUAAGAAAGUAUGCAAGUUUGAUUAUUUACAUGCUAUUAUGGAUUUCAAUUACUAAUAUGGAUUAUAAGGAACAAGCAACAAUUAAGAGAUUUGACAAACUUGGAAUUCAAGGAAAUACGCCUCACCCUGGUUCAAUUCAUAAUCCACUUAAACAUUUCACAACCAGAAAUGUAUUGACAACCCAAAACAACCUUAGACUCGAUUUACUGGAUAAUGAAUUGGAUGAUUUUGUUCUCAAGUUAAUUGAUCAAAGCUUGAAUAUGCUUGGACCAAAAGUUAACGAAGAAAUCCACAAGAUUGCCAUGAAACUAAGAGAAUAA